AUGAAAAUUUUUCGUUCCACAUCUAUAUCGAUAUCAAAUAAUAAUAAUAAUGAUUAUCUUCAAUAUCAACAACAACAGCAGCAGCAGCAACAACAACAGCAGCAAAAACAACAUCGAUCACAAUUACCACAAUUAUUUAGUGGAAAAUCAUGGGCUUUUGAACGUGAACGUAAUAGUUAUAAUUAUUAUCGUUCAGAAUAUCCAAAUGAUCACAAUAAUCAUGAUGAUGGUGGUAGUGAAGAAUUAGAAGAACAAGAUGAACAAGAACGUUUAGCAUCAUUGGAAGCAUUACGUUAUGCAUUACAUCAUGCACCAUUCUGUCGUAAUAUGCAUACAUUAAUGUCUGUACCGAAUGAAGAAUGUUUUGAAAUGAUUGGCAUACCGACUAAAUGUGCUAUUCGUAUUGAAUCAUUUUCAUAUGAAAAUAUUCUCGAUAAUAUUAAUUUAGAGAUACCAAAAGGAAAAAUAUAUGCAUUACUUGGUUCGGCAAAUAAUGGUAAAUCAUUGUUGCUUAAAUGUAUUCUUGGUCGUAUACCGGUUUAUAAUUCACAAGCAAUCGAAGUAUUUGGACAACGACCAUCACUAUCACCAUUAUCAGCUAUUUGUGUUGGUUAUAUGCCACAACAAAUUGCUUUACAUCCAGAAUUGACUAUUAAACAAACAUUACUUUAUUAUGGACGUCUUUAUCAACUACCACCAAGUAUUAUUUGUCAACGAAUACAAAUGUUGAAUAAUUUUUUCAUCGAAACUAAUCAUAAAAAUCAUCAUCAUCAUUAUUCAUCAUCAUCAUCAAUACAAACAUCUGUCCAUACAUUAGUAAGAGAUUUAGAUCAAGGAAAUCUAUGGCGUCUUUCAUUGAUGGUAGCCAUCAUACAUUCACCACCAUUAUUAUUGUUAGAUGAACCAACUGAUAAUGUUGAUCCAUUCGUACGAUCAACAGUUUGGUCUUAUCUGGAAAAAUUAUCUGAAAAAGAUGGAAUGACUAUUGUAUUUACAACAAAACAUCCAGAAGAAUUAUGUUAUGCAUAUAAAGCUGGUUUAAUGCGUGAUGGACAUGUUUAUAUUGAAGAUCGUCCAGAAGAAUUAUUAAGAAAUUAUCAUUGUCAUACAUACAUACAGAUGUAUAAUAAAUUUUGCAUGUCCAACAUUCCACGGCGUUUACGGCCUUCAAUUGCUUAUUAUGAACAAACCAAUAAUGAUGGCCAAGGAUUUUCAGGAAAUUUAACAAUACCACCACCAUCACAAUUAAGUUAUCAAACAACACAAAGUCAAUCAUUAGGUGAAGCAGAUAAUAGUAGCCAUAAUUCCAACAAUUUUCAUGAUAUUAAUCACCAGCAACAACAAGAACAACACUUUGAUGGUUCAGGAUCUGAUAUUACAGCUACGGUAGCAAAUUCAGUAGAUAAUAAUAAAGAUAAAAAUACCAUUCAUUCAUAUGAUGGUGAUGAUAGUAAUUAUUCUGGUGAUUCAAUGGAUGUUGAAGAUCUACAACGUACAUCACUUCCAUUACCAAUGGCACAAUGGCCAAUUGCUGAACGUCGUCGUACAGCAUACAUAUCACAUUUAUUUAAUUUUGACUUUAAACGUCUUUAUUCAUUGGUUUUAAAGAAUUAUUUCGUCAUAAUUGGAAAUAUUCACCUCAUCAUAUUGUUUUAUUUUAUAUUUCCAGCUAUGCAAAUAAUUUUAGUUUGUUUUCUAUCUAGUAGACCAUUCACUUCUAUAAAUAAUCUACCUGUCACUAUUGUUAUUGCUCAAUCACAUGAUGUAAAUAAUCCACGUAUUGAACGUUUAAUACGUUAUACGAUUGAUAGAUCAAUUUUCAAACCGGAAAUUAUUGUUGGCGAUAUAAAUGAAUCAAUCAAACGUAUACGUCGUGGUGAAACAUUAGCCGUUAUUGUUCCGUGGCUCAUUGAACAGACGGUAAUUGAUUUUAAAAAUUCUAGUCAAAAUAAUGAUCGUACACGAGAUGAGAAUAGUGGUGGCAAUAAUUACAAUCAUGAUAAUGAUGAUGAAGAAGAAGAGGAUAAUUUUACCUAUUGUCAAAAAUUAAUUUAUAAUUGGCGUAUGGGUUUCAAUUCAACAAUGUUUGGCCUUCGAUUACAUUUGGAUGGUUCAAAUUUUUUUAUCAAUUAUCUUAUCAAUUUUACAUUAGCUGAUUCAAUGCAACAAUUAUUAACGAAUGAUGAACGUAUGCAUGAAUUAAUGCCAUUUGAUUGUCCACAAAUAUAUCAUUCAAUGAAACAAAAUCAUAUACCAAUUUCAUUGGAUAUACCAAAUUUUCUAUCGCGAUCAUCUCCUCCUACUAAUGAAAAGAAUUUACGACUUCGUUUCAUUGAAUUCAUUUUACCAGGAACAAUAUUGGCAAUAGUUUUCGCUUAUGCAUUAGUGUUAACAUCAUAUUUAUUUAUCAAAGAACAAAUGGCCGGAUUACAGGAACGUUGUUUGACGGCCGGUGCAUCCGGUAUUGAAAUUCUCAUCUCUCAUAUGAUCUCUCAAUCGGUUUUAUUUUUCUUACAAGAAUUAUUAUUAAUAUUCCUUAUGAAAAAUAUGUUCGGCAUUCCACAACGAUCAAUUCGAUGGUAUGGACCCGGAUCAUUAAUAUGGAUGCUUGGAUUUAUGGGCAUUGUUGCCGGUUUAUUUGUUGGUGUUAUAUGUCCUCGACCACGUUCGGCUGCAUUUUUCAUUUCAGGAAUUUUCAUGCCUGGUUUCAUUCUUUCCGGAAUCAUAUGGCCAGUAGAAUCAUUACCAAGAUUUUUUUAUUAUAUAAGCCUAUCAUUACCAUUAACACAACCAAUAAAUUCAUUACGUUCAAUUAUAUUUCGUGGUCUUGAUUUUCGUAUUGGAAAAAUUACAGCUGGUUAUACAAUAUCAUCAAUUUAUAUCGUAAUAUUGGUUCUAUCUACAUUGAUUAUAUUUAAGAUUAAAACCUCUUCUUGAGCUUCAAUUCAAUAUUCAAUUCAUUCACUCAUUCAUUCAAACAAACAAACAAACCCAAAUGUCUUGUCAUUUUGUG